CCUGGGGCGGAACCGGCGGUCACGUAGCUCAGGUUCAGCCGCGCGCGCGUUAGUUCCUGUGCCCGUGCUCGCCGCCGCCGCGAUCAUGCCGAUGUUCGUGGUCAACACCAACGUGCCCCGCGCCUCGGUGCCGGACGGGCUCCUCUCCGAACUCACCCAGCAGCUGGCGCAGGCCACGGGCAAGCCGGCCCAGUACAUCGCGGUGCACGUGGUGCCGGACCAGCUCAUGAGUUUCGGCGGCUCCACCGAGCCCUGCGCGCUCUGCAGCCUGCACAGCAUCGGCAAGAUCGGCGGCCCGCAGAACCGCGCCUACAGCAAGCUGCUGUGCGGCCUCCUGGCCGAGCGCCUGCGCCUCAGCCCGGACAGGAUCUACAUCAACUACUACGACAUGAACGCGGCCAACGUGGGCUGGAACGGCUCCACCUUCGCCUGAGGGCCCCGCCGCAAAACCCUCAGCCCACGGGCCCAGCGGCACUUUGUUCAAAGCUC